GAAGAAGAACAAGCGGACCGCAGAGGCAAAACGAAGAAGAAGAGGGCGGAGCUCGAUGUUUGAAAUUCGCGGGCCGGAACUCGGACUCCACUCCUUUCAUACGUAUUGUUUUGACAUAAGUUUAUAACGUUGGAUAAACAUUAUUUCUUGGUGCGGUUUCGAUUUGUAACGACUAAUGUGGUUGUUGGUUAAAUAUCAGCCGCGUCUACUGGACCCGUCCCUGUGAAAUAUAAACAUUGUGACAGAAACCAGCCGAGCGCCUCCCUAGACUGGAACGCCAUGACCACCGAGGAGGAAAAGGUGCGGGUCGCCUUAAGGUGUCGUCCCUUGGUGCCAAAAGAAAUAAAUGAAGGUUGUCAGGGCUGCCUCACGUUCGUACCAGGGGAGCCACAGGUGGUCGUUGGUAGAGAGAAGGCUUUUACGUAUGAUUAUGUAUUUGAUCCCACUGCAGAGCAAGAGGAAGUCUUUAGCACUGCAGUGUCCCCCUUAUUGUGUGGGCUCUUUAAAGGGUACCACGCUACAGUGCUUGCAUAUGGACAGACGGGAUCCGGAAAGACCUUCUCCAUGGGGGGCACGUACACGUCUGCCCAAGAGAAUGAGCCAUCUGUCGGCGUUAUUCCUCGAGUUAUCAGGAGGAUCUUUGACGAAAAGGAAAGGGCCGACUCUGAGUUCUGCCUGGGAGUGUCAUAUCUGGAGAUUUACAACGAGGAUGUUUUGGAUUUGUUGUCUACCGCUAAGGAUAAACCUGCUAUCAGCAUUCGGGAAGACCCCAAAGAAGGUAUUAAGAUUGUGGGGUUAACGGAGAAGCAGGUGGUCUCAGAACAGGAGAUGGUGAACUGCCUGGAGCUCGGAAACUCUGCUCGCACUGUUGGCUCCACGGCCAUGAAUGCCGCAUCGUCACGCUCGCACGCCAUCUUCACCAUCACCCUGGAGCAGCGCAAAGGGAAAGACAAAGUUGACUCCAUAGUUUCCAAACUACACCUUGUGGAUCUGGCCGGCUCAGAGAGGCAGAAGAAAACCAAAGCGGAGGGUGAUCGUUUAAAAGAAGGCAUCAGCAUCAAUCGAGGCCUUUUGUCUUUGGGUAAUGUGAUCAGUGCCCUGGGGGAUGAAAGCAAGAAAAAUGCCUUUGUCCCUUACAGAGACUCCAAACUCACUCGCCUGUUACAAGAUUCCUUGGGAGGCAACAGCCACACGCUAAUGAUUGCGUGCGUCAGUCCUGCAGACUCCAACAUGGAGGAGACCAUCAACACGCUGCGAUACGCUGACCGAGCUCGUAAGAUCAAAAACAAGCCUGUCGUCAACGUUGACCCCAGAGCGGCAGAAAUGAGCCGUUUGAAGCAACAGGUUCAGGAGCUGCAGGUGAUGCUGCUUCAUGCGCGUGGAGGAGUUGCCCCGGUGCUGUCUGGGCCCGAAUCUGCAGAAAAUGUGAAUAAGCUGCUUAAACAGAACCAUAUUCUGCAGGAUGAGAACAACAAAUUGAGCAAGGAGCUGAGUGAAGCAGCCGUACAAACCGCCCUCAUGUUUGAGAAGAUCAUUACAACUGAACAAACAAAUGAGAAACUGCAAAGCAAACUGGAACAACUGCAGCACCAUGCAGCCUGCACUGUGAAUCUUGAGAAACUGUUGGUGACACUUGAAGAUCAGGAGUUGAAGGAGAAUGUGGAGGUGAUGAAGAACCUACAGGAUGUUAUCUUGGAGCUCAAGAGCGAGAGUGCGGGGAUUGCUGCCUCCAUUGACGCCAUGGCUGCAGGGGUGGACGUGCCAGAUGGAGCCGGCAAUGGCAGUAAAAAUGAAUCCAAUGACUCUCCAUCACAUAGCAACGCAACUGAUGGCAAAGACACACCAGAUGGCUUUACAGCCCACCAUGCACUGCGACAGGCCCAGCUCUCCAAGGAGCUGAUUGAGCUCAACAAAGUGUUGAGUUUGAAGGAGGCGUUCGUCAAGAAGAUGUGCCAGAAUGACAGCCAGCUGGAGUCCGUGCAGUCGGAGCAUUGGAGUAAUGUACAGUCUCUACAGUCUGCCGUGGAUUCUCUGCAAAAGGAAAAAGAGGAUCUUAUCAUGGCACUUCAGUCUGCAAAGAAAGAAACCAACCAGGCUAACCUGAGUGAGCAGCGAAGGAAGCGCCUGCAGAAGCUGGAGGGGCAGCUGGGAGACAUGAAGAAGAAACUUCUUGAGCAAUCAAAACUGCUCAAGCUCAAAGAGUCAUCUGUUCAGAAAGUCAGCAAGCUUGUACAAGAAAUACAGGCAAUGAAAGGCCAGCGUACGCAGCUGAUGAGGCAGAUGAGGGAGGACUCUGAGAAAUUUCGACACUGGAAAGGCCAGAAGGACAGAGAAGUGCUGCAACUCAAAGAGAAGGAUCGGAAACGGCAGUAUGAGCUGCUUAAACUGGAGCGGGAUUUCCAGAAACAGGCCAAUGUCCUGCGUCGGAAAACCGAGGAGGCUGCAGCCGCAAAUAAGCGACUGAAAGAUGCUCUGCAGAGGAGAAGUGAAGCAGCAGAGAAACGCAAAGAUUAUCCGAACCGAGGGAUGGAGGGAGCGGCUGCGAGAGUGAAGACGUGGCUUCUCGAUGAAGUGGAGGUGAUGGUUAGCACAGAGGAGGCCCGGCGCCACCUCAAUGACCUCCUGGAGGACAGGAAAACUUUGGCUCAGGAGAUAACCAACCUCAAGCAGCAGAUAGACACCGGGGAGCGACCUGCAGCCAAAAUCAGGCGUCGGACACUGAUCAUAUCCGAGUUGGAGACCCAGGGGGCGCUGGAGACCCCUGUGACCAAACAGUUGGAAAACUUGAAGACGGAGAUGGAACUCAGGAAUGCACAGAUAGCAGACCUUCAGCAGAAGGUCCUUGCUGCAGACAGCGAGGGGCGUUUUAAGCAGCGGAUAGACGCCAUCAGAAACAUUGUUGAUGCCAAGUGUGCAAUCAGGGUCCUGGUCGCUGAGCUGGUGUCUGCAACAACGGCCACAGCCAAGCUCGAGAGUGAACUCCAGCAGGAGAAAGGAAACGGACAGGACUUAAGGAAAAUGUUGGCUGAUGAGAGGAAUGUAAUGUCCACCAUGGAUAUGGAGCACCAGCAGCAGCUCGUGGAGUUAGAACAGAGGCAUCAAGAGAAGGUUCUUUAUCUCCUCAACCAACUCCAAAACAAGCCCAUUGGUGGCGCGUUGGGGGAUGCAAAGCAGGAAGAUGAGAGUCCAAAACAGAAGGAGCUCCUGCAGCGCCUCAAAGUUCAGGAGGAGGAGCUGGAAAAAUUGCGCAAUUUAAGUGAGCAGAACCAAAAACUGGUGGAGCAGAAUGAACAGUACAGACAGAAACUCUCGUUGCUCCAACUUACAUCAGGAAGGAAAGUCCUCGUGCCGAGUCCUCACACCAACAAUGACAACGACACGAACCCCUACGAUUCCUUUGAGUACAUUCCUCCGAAGCCGAAAGGGAAGCGCUUCACGACAGCAAAAAUGCAGCUGAACACGACCAUCCACAUUGACGACCUCUGGUCCCCCAGUGAAGACGAGGAAGAGGACGAGUGGCGUCCAGAGAAACUGGAGAAAAGACACCCAACCUCAAAGAAGACAAAAACCACGGGGUGUUUGUGUAAAGGUCGGUGUAGCAACAAGCAGUGUCGCUGCCGCAAAGGCAAAAUGACGUGUGGGGAGAACUGCAGGUGCGACCAGGACAAAUGUCGGAAUAUGGACAACCAGGAGAAGGCCGGUCCAGUGGAACAUGUCUCCAGAGACUCUCUUGAAGACCCGGCCACUGCCAGUCCGGACACCACAUUCUUCAGGCCACCGUCAUGCAAACCGACCAAGAAGGUGCUGGAGGAAAUCGUGGACAUAGGACACAGCCCAGCAGACCUCGAGUCGGUGUUGAAGCCCGUCCUGGAAGAGGAGGACGCGGACCAGGGGAAAGACCGAAUCACAGUGAACAUCCUCAAGAAGAAGAAGAGAAGACUCCUCCCAAGUUUUCAGAACAGCUUCUUCUCGGGCUGUGCUCCAAUCGGAGAGGAAUCUUAGACUGUUGUUGAGUAGACUUCAUCAGGUUUGGAGUUCUUUAGUGUCUAACUGACAGGUGUGUUUAUAAUGUAGUCAACAUUGAGCUUUUUGUAUUUUACUCACAUCAUUUAAAAAAAUCCUCAAAUGUUUUCUUUUAGCUUAAAAACUAAACGUAAUGAAAUAAAAUUGUUUUAUGCCA